AUUACCAUGUGCGAUGGCGGAAAGCGUCGUGCCUCAACCAGAGGGGACGCCGUACGUGUUUAUAGGCAGGGGCGCACCUCCCUGAUAGCGCAUACAGUUUAGAUUACAUCUUGGAGAAGAAGCUAGAUAGAGAUAAGAUUACAAAGGAGAGAUAAACUCUAGCUAACUACCUAGCCGAACUACCAAGAUAUCUAUCAGGAGAAGAUGCGGAAGCCCCUUGUCACGUACAGAGAAUAUGUUGUUUGACACAUAGCACCGCUCAACGUCUAUUGGACAGCAAGAUCUAUGGGGAUAAAUUCACAUAUCAACAUGAUGUACAAUCUUACAUGGAUUUUGCCAGUCGAUGCAGGGUUUUACUACCUUUUGAGGUUCCAUUUCUGUGAGAUAGGGUAUGAAGUAACCAAGGUAAACCAGAGGAAUUUCUUCAUAUACAUUAACAACCAGACAGCAGUGCAGAUGGAUGUCAUUCUCUCGAGCGGAGGAACUGGUAUACCAGUUUACACCAACUACAUCAUUAUCACAGUUGGUCAUGGUCAGACAGAUCUGUGGGUAGCACUCCACCCUGAUCUCAGUACCCGUCCAGAAUAUUAUGAUGCAAUUCUGAAUGGACUGGAGGUCUUCAAGCUGCAGGAUAACAGCAACAACAAUAUAGCUGGCGUCAACCUUACGCUCAAGAAAAAUCAUGAUGGGACAGAAUCUCAUGGUCAAAAUAAAACAUAUAAAUCCUCCAAAUGGACACAGAGAAUCCCAGCAAUCGCUGGAGGUGGAGCUGCUGUUGGUUUCUUGGCCCUGUUGGUUGCAUGUUUCUGUGUUAUGCACAGACGAAAGAGAACUAACUGCAAUCCUCCAAAUGGACACAGAGAAUUGCCAUUAACCACCUCACACACAACGGAUUUGAAGCUUUGCCACCACUUCUCGUUUAUACAAAUCCAGGAAGCCACCAACAACUUCGAUGAGGCCUUUCUCCUAGGCAAAGGUGGGUUUGGGAAUGUAUACCAGGGUCAGAUAGCUGGUGGGAAGAAGGUGGCAAUCAAGCGUGGUAACCCGCUGUCCAGGCAGGGCAUCCAAGAAUUUUGGAAUGAAAUCAAUAUGUUAACCGAUCUCCGGCAUCGCCACCUUGUGUCACUAAUUGGCUAUUGCGAUGAGGAGUCCGAGAUGAUUUUGUUGUACGAUUACAUGGCCAAUGGGACACUUCAGGAGCACCUGUACAACACCAACAAACCACCAUUGCCAUGGGAGCACCGCCUUGUCAUAUGCAUUGGAGCCGGACUGGGGCUGCACUACCUGCACAUGGGUGCCAAACAGGCCAUCAUCCACCGUGAUGUGAAGAGUACUAACAUUUUGUUGGAUGACAAGUGGGUGGCAAAGGUUUCGGACUUUGGGUUGUCUAAGGCUAGUAAAGACGUGGACAAUACCCAUGUGAGCACUGCUGUGAAAGGCACCUUUGGAUAUCUAGAUCCUGAGUACUUCCGCAGGCGGCGACUCACCAACAAAUCAGAUGUAUACUCCUAUGGGGUUGUUUUGUUUGAGGUUCUGUGCGCACGUCCAGCAAUUGAUCCUAAGCUUCCCGAGGAGCAAGUGGGCUUGCGUGACUGGGCGCUGUCUUGCCAGAGGAAAGGUGUGCUCGGUGAGAUCAUCGACCCCUAUCUGAAGGGCAAAAUCACCCCCCAGUGCUUCAGAAAAUUUGCAGAGACUGCGGAGAAAUGUGUUGCUGAACGUAGCAUAGAUCGGCCAUCUAUGAGUGAUGUUCUGUGGAGCCUCCAGAUCGCACUGCUGCUGCAGGAGGAUGACUGCAAUCUCUCCAAGGGGACACCAUUGUUGAACAUGUCAUCACUCAUGGCCACCAGGGUGCGACCAUCUUCAGGUUCAACAAUGAGCAUCUCAGGACAGAAAGUUGUAUUCUCAGAGAUCAUGCAUCCAGAUGGCCGAUAAGACGAAACUCCUGUACGUUCGGGACUUCUUGUUAUGAUCUUCUGAUUUUGUGAAGCUGGUAGAUUAAGAUUUACAGGUGCAUUUGCCCCUUAUGUACUAGCAGGUGUGCUGUUUAACAGUUCCAUAAAUCUCUCUGCACACUGUACAAUCUGAUUAUGUUCCUAAUUCAUAGUACUGUAAGUUAUUGAAUUGAUAUAUGUACUACCGAUAUGUACUAUGAUGCAGCCCGAUCUUCCCAUAUUUUGUGCCAAGACAUACAUCAAAGUAUCAGGCCAUAUCAAAGAUUUCCCUUUCUUCUUAAUAGGUAAAUACAGAAAAUUAUCUCCG